ACGUGUUUAAUGUUUAGAAGAUAAAUGCAUCUUUUUUCAAAGGAUUCGAUGCUCUGUCGUGUUUAGUAGUUCUUCACAGCUCAGGAUUUGGCCGUGCGGCGCUCUGUAUGACCCUCUCAUAGCCAAUGCAAAGACAAACCCCGCCCAUCAGUCUACGCGAAUCGCUGUGGCCUCGCUCGUUGCAAACCUUCCAGCCUGUCUUGCCUCCACGCGAGGCUACAUGACACUUCCUUUCCUUCUUCAUCCUCCCGCUAUAUAUAGCCGCCCUCUUCGGGUCCUCCUCCUCCAUCGGCCAUCGCCAUCUCCAUUUCCAGCAUAGAAGACGCGAUACAGCUCAAGGACAGCGCUCCGCACCCGCACGCAAGCCAGACCGGACCGAAUCGAAGCAGCAGCAGCGUACAGAAGAUCACACCCUACUGCCGCGCUGCACUGCACAAUGGGCAUCUGCGUGUCGUGCGACGCGGCGGACGAGGGCGCCGCGACGGCGGCGCGGGUGGUGCUCCCCAGCGGAGAGCUCCGGGAGUACGCGCCACCGGCCACCGCCGCGGAGGCGCUGCAAGCGGCGGGCGAGGGCUCGUCGUGGCUCCUCUGCGACGCCGACGGGAUGGCGUUCGAGGGCCCCGUCGCAGUCGCGGCGGUCGCGCCGGGGUCCGAGCUCCAGGCGGGGCAGAUCUACUUCGUGCUCCCCGCCGAGAUGCAGCGCCGCCGCCUCGCCCGCGCCGAGGUCGCCGCGCUCGCGGUCCGGGCCAGCUCGGCGCUCGCCAGGGCCGCGGCGCUCGCCCAGCCAUCGUCGCCCUGCCGCCGCCGCCGGCGCGGCGCGGCGGCGCAGCUCGUGUUCCCGGUCCCCGAGGAGGAGUUCGCGGCGGCGGACCCGGUCGCGUCGAAGCCCGCGGCUGCGGUGGUGGCGCAUCGGAAACGGAGGGUGGCGUACCGGGGCGGGAGCGGGAGGGCGUCCAGGUUCUCCCCCGACCUGACCGCUAUCCCGGAGAGCGAGUAGUAGAUGGAGCCUGCCAUGUGUCUCCGGUGGUGACGGGUCGCUCGCUGGCGCUCGGUCGGACGGUGUGGUCGAGGCCGAGCUCGCGCGCGCCGGAGAUCGAUGGAGCAGGAAGCGUUGUAGACGCAGAGCUCGGGAGUGAGAAAUGUGAGUAGUGUUUUUGGCGCCGUUGGUUUAGGAGGCAAUAGGAUGAGUGUUGUUGCGGUAUUACGAACGUUUAGGUUUUAGAUGCAAGUGUAAAUACUAUACACGGGAUCUCCGUACGGUGUGCCCAGUGAGUCACAGUUUGGAACUCAGCUUCUAAUCAGUGCUCGUGUUCAGGCUAAAAAAAAUGAAAUCUCUCGCUGUUUCGGAAAAAAAAAACUUAUUUCUGAUGAA